UACCGGGGAUUGAAUUUAAAGCUUCACAAACAUUAGCUUAAAAAACACUACACAUCAAAAUAAUGAUCUGCUAGACUGCUAACCCGAGCAUCAGCUUCCACAAUGCCUGUGCAGGCAGCUCAAUGGACAGAGUUUCUGUCCUGUCCAAUCUGCUAUAAUGAAUUUGAUGAGAAUGUGCACAAACCCAUCAGUUUAGGUUGUUCACACACAGUUUGCAAGACCUGCUUGAAUAAACUUCACCGAAAAGCGUGUCCUUUUGACCAGACUGCCAUAAACACAGACAUUGAUGUGCUCCCUGUCAACUUUGCACUUCUUCAGUUAGUUGGAGCCCAGGUGCCAGAUCAUCAGUCAAUAAAGUUAAGUAAUCUAGGUGAGAAUAAACACUAUGAAGUGGCAAAAAAAUGCGUAGAGGACUUGGCACUCUACUUAAAACCACUAAGUGGAGGUAAAGGUGUAGCUAGUUUGAACCAGAGUGCCCUGAGCCGACCAAUGCAAAGGAAACUAGUUACACUCGUAAACUGUCAACUGGUGGAAGAAGAAGGUCGUGUCAGAGCUAUGCGAGCGGCCCGUUCACUAGGAGAAAGAACUGUGACAGAACUGAUACUGCAGCACCAGAACCCUCAGCAGCUGUCUGCCAACCUAUGGGCUGCUGUCAGGGCUCGAGGAUGCCAGUUUCUAGGGCCAGCUAUGCAAGAAGAAGCCUUGAAGUUGGUAUUGCUGGCAUUAGAAGAUGGUUCUGCUCUCUCUAGGAAAGUUCUGGUACUUUUUGUUGUGCAAAGACUAGAACCAAGAUUUCCUCAGGCAUCAAAAACAAGUAUUGGCCAUGUUGUGCAGCUAUUGUACCGAGCUUCUUGUUUUAAGGUUACUAAAAGGGAUGAAGACUCUUCCCUGAUGCAGCUAAAGGAAGAAUUUCGGAGUUACGAGGCACUACGCAGAGAACAUGAUGCCCAGAUUGUUCAUAUUGCCAUGGAAGCAGGACUCCGUAUUUCACCUGAGCAGUGGUCUUCACUGCUGUAUGGGGACUUGGCUCAUAAAUCACACAUGCAGUCUAUCAUUGAUAAGCUACAGUCUCCAGAAUCAUUUGCAAAGAGUGUCCAGGAAUUGACAAUUGUUUUGCAGCGAACAGGUGACCCUGCUAAUUUAAAUAGGCUGAGACCUCAUUUAGAGCUUCUUGCAAACAUAGACCCUAAUCCAGAUGCUGUUUCACCAACUUGGGAGCAACUGGAAAAUGCAAUGGUAGCUGUUAAAACAGUUGUUCAUGGUCUUGUGGACUUCAUACAAAAUUAUAGUAGAAAAGGCCAUGAGACACCUCAGCCACAGCCAAACAGCAAGUAUAAAACUAGUAUGUGCCGAGAUUUACGACAACAAGGGGGUUGUCCACGAGGAACAAAUUGUACAUUUGCCCAUUCUCAGGAAGAGCUUGAAAAGUACCGAUUAAGGAACAAAAAGAUGAGCGCGACUGUAAGAACAUUUCCUCUUCUGAAUAAAGUUGGUGUAAACAGCACUGUCACAACCACAGCCGGAAAUGUCAUUUCUGUCAUAGGAAGUACUGAAACAACUGGGAAAAUUGUUCCAAGUACAAAUGGAAUUUCAAAUACAGAAAGCAGUGUUUCCCAGCUAAUUUCACGAAGCACUGACAGUGCAGUAAGGACUUUGGAGACUGUGAAGAAAGUCGGGAAGGUUGGCACUAAUGGUCAGAAUGCUGGGCCCUCUGCAGAAUCCGUGUCUGAAAAUAAAAUUGGUUCUCCACCCAAGACUCCUGUAAGUAAUGCAGCAGCUACCUCCGCUGGGCCCUCUAAUUUUGGAACAGAGCUGAAUUCCCUGCCUCCCAAAUCCAGCCCAUUUCUAACUAGAGUUCCAGUAUAUCCUCAGCAUUCUGAAAGCAUUCAGUAUUUUCAAGAUCCAAGGACUCAGAUACCUUUUGAAGUCCCACAAUACCCACAAACAGGAUACUACCCACCACCUCCAACGGUACCAGCUGGUGUGACUCCCUGUGUUCCUCGUUUUGUGAGGUCCAGUAAUGUUCCAGAGUCCUCCCUCCCACCUGCUUCCAUGCCAUAUGCUGAUCAUUACAGUACAUUCUCCCCUCGAGAUCGAAUGAAUUCUUCUCCUUACCAACCUCCUCCUCCGCAGCAGUAUGGACCCGUUCCUCCAGUGCCCUCUGGAAUGUAUGCUCCGGUGUAUGACAGCAGGCGCAUCUGGCGCCCAGCUAUGUACCAACGAGAUGACAUUAUAAGAAGCAAUUCUUUACCUCCAAUGGAUGUGAUGCACUCAUCUGUCUAUCAGACAUCUUUACGGGAAAGAUACAACUCAUUAGAUGGAUAUUAUUCAGUGGCUUGUCAGCCACCGAAUGACCCAAGGACAACUGUGCCUUUACCAAGGGAACCUUGUGGUCAUUUGAAGACCAGUUGUGAGGAACAGUUAAGAAGAAAGCCAGAUCAGUGGACACAGUAUCAUACCCAGAAAACACCUGUCUCUUCAACUCUUCCUGUGGCCACACAGUCACCAACACCACCUUCUCCUCUAUUCAGUGUAGACUUCCGAUCGGAUUUCUCUGAGAGUGUGAGUGGCACAAAAUUUGAGGAAGACCAUCUUUCCCAUUAUUCUCCCUGGUCUUGUGGCACCAUAGGCUCUUGUAUAAAUGCCAUUGAUUCGGAGCCCAAAGACGUAAUUGCUAAUUCAAAUGCUGUAUUGAUGGACCUGGACAGUGGGGAUGUAAAGAGAAGAGUGCAUUUAUUUGAAGCUCAGAGAAGGACAAAAGAAGAAGACCCAAUUAUUCCCUUUAGUGACGGACCCAUUAUCUCAAAAUGGGGUGCAAUUUCCCGAUCCUCCCGAACAGGUUACCAUACAACAGAUCCCGUCCAGGCAACUGCUUCCCAAGGAAGUGCAACCAAGCCCAUCAGCGUGGACAGAUUCAUUGUUACUGAUUUAUCUGGUCAUAGAAAGCAUUCUAGUACCGGAGACCUUUUGAGCAUUGAACUUCAGCAGGCCAAGAGUAACUCAUUACUUCUUCAGAGGGAAGCUAAUGCUCUGGCCAUGCAACAAAAGUGGAAUUCCCUGGAUGAAGGCCGUCACCUUACUUUAAAUCUUCUAAGCAAGGAAAUUGAACUAAGAAAUGGAGAGAAUGACUACACAGAAGACACUGUAGAUACAAAGCCUGAUAGGGAUAUUGAGUUAGAGCUUUCAGCCCUUGAUACUGAUGAACCUGAUGGCCAGAGUGAACAAAUUGAAGAAAUUUUGGACAUACAACUUGGUAUCAGUUCUCAAAAUGAUCAGUUGCUCAACGGAACAGCAGUGGAAAAUGGUCAUCCAGCCCAGCAGCACCAGAAGGACCCAGGAAAGCCGAAGAGACAGAGCUUAGGUGAAGACCAUGUGAUUCUGGAGGAGCAAAAACCAAUUCUGCCGGUAACAUCUUGCUUUAGCCAGCCACGUCCAGUGUCUAUUAGCAGUGCAAGCUGCCUCCCCAUCACCACAUCUGUCAGUGUUGGCAACCUCAUUCUGAAAACUCACGUUAUGUCUGAAGAUAAAAACGACUUUUUAAAACCUAUUGCAAAUGGGAAGAUGGUUAACAGCUGAAAGGAGGCUCAGCUUUCAAAUCUGUGACCACACCAUGGAAGCAUUUACACUAGCUUUUUAUAUAUAUAAUAUAUAUUAUAUAAUGUAUAUUUUUUUUAAAAAAAAAGAUAUUACUGGGGGCAUCCAUUUCCUGUGGACUCUUUGAUACUUCAAGCCCUCUUGCAUUAGCAUUAUGAAAAAAAAAGAAAAUUUACUUUACUAGGGUAAUGUUCACUUUCCAGAAAUUGUUGGAAUUUGGACAACAUUUAACUUAAGCUUCAAGCAGCUUUUUAUGAGUUUGUAGCAAUCCGGUGCAGUAACUGAGCCAUUUCCUAUUUUAAAUGGCUUCUACAGUAAAUUAACAACUCAGUUAUUAAACUAGCAGGAUCCUACAAUGAUACAUCUAGUGAAAGUAGAGUUAAUUAACUUAUUUCUAUUUUAUGUUUCACUGAGAGAAAUUUCCAUCUCAUUCCAGCUGCUUUAUUUAUCUUUUUCAUUGGACUUUGCAUGGAUUUUUCUUUCUUUUUUUGUUUUGUUUUUCCUUUUCUUUUCUGUCUUUUUUUUUUUUUUUUUUUUUGAGAGUGGAGUUAGAUGUUCUUACCAUAGAGUUUUACAGGGUUAUAAUAGCUUUCUUUACUGCAUUAUAUGUAGAAGUGUAGUGCAGUGCUUUUAUCUGUAGCAUUUAAUUUUUUAAUUUUCCAU